UGAAAAACAGGGGAACCAUCGCACAGAGCUGAUCGGACGCAUGGUUCUCUGCGAACCGGGCGCGUCGGCCCCAUAGGCCGACCAGGCCAAAGUAUGGCCUUUCCGAAACGCCGCGGUCAAGUACAUUUGACAUGACGCGUCCCUACAUCUUCCUGGAAGCUUCGACGACGCGCGGCAUUUCCUGAGCAAGCCGGCGUUGGCGCGUACAAAAUUCAGCAUGGCAACCCCUACGGUGAUCAGUCCAGUGGUAAGCUUAGCCUUCCUAGCAAUGCUGGCGUCUUCAACCCAAGCUGCCUUGAAUCUUUCUCACACGUACCACACCUUCGACGCUCUGAUCGACCAUUUCACGUACAGCAGAAACUCUACGUUUCCUUUAAGAUAUGCGAUGGCUGACCAGUACUGGAAUCGAAAGGGUGGGCCCAUAUUCAUUUACACCACCAACGAAGGCUCCAUCGAAGACCACAUUUCAAGCACCGGACUUAUGUGGGAGUGGGCCCGAGACUUCAAAGCGCUGCUGGUGUUCCCAGAGCACCGUUACUACGGCAGGUCGUUGCCUUUUGGAAAAGACUCAUUCAAGAGCCCUGGCGAGCAGUGCUCCUUUCAAGAUGUUCUCGCAAACCACCAAGUGCGACACUUACUACAAAGCAGUAACAGCCAUCUACAAGCAGACGUCGAAACUGUGCCCCAACCAGGUCAAGAGAUUAUGGCCCAUUCUCGAUGGUCUGGGAUCUACAGACGACGGACGCCACAAACUGGGGCAGAAAUUUCAUCUUUGUCAGCGCUUGAGCUCCAGCCACUUUCCCGCUUUCCGGAACUGGAUUCGUGACAGCCUCAUCGGCGUCGCACUGGUUAACUACCCCUAUAGGUCGGGUCAGGUGCCUCCUCACCCAGUGAAGGUACUAUGCAAUCGCCUGAGAAAAUCCGAGAGAAACAAUAGUCGUUUGAUCGACAUGGCAGUCGAGGCAAUCGGCUUCUUUCGGAACGCCACGGGCAAAGCUGCCUGCUACGCUGUGCCGGCUACUCCAGACAACUCUGCAUGGCUUUUUCAGCAAUGCACCGAAUUCGCUCUGCCCUUAUGCGGGGACGGCAUCGUGGACAUGUUCUACCCGGCCGAGUGGGACAACGACAAGUUCGACCACAAGUGCCGUCUGCUGUUCGGCGUCAAACCAAAAUCGACAGACUCGUCCGGUCAAUGGGAGGGGCCAACCUGUGCGGCACGUCGAAAGUUUUCUUCACCAACGGAGAUUUGGACCCAUGGUCAGCUUACGGAAUCGAAGCGCCACCGACUAGGACCACCGACUACCGUGCCAUCCGAGGCGGUGCCCACUGCGUCGACCUGCGGUUCGCCAAUGACCGCUGGGACCCGCACUCACUCCGGCUGACCAGAAGGGUCGCCAAGAGAGCGUUCCGCCGAUGGCUGGCAUCCUGAGUCUGAACCGUCAUCCCACAACACUAGCAAGAUUGUGACGCCCAGAUAAAGUCCCUUGCGUCCGUAAUAAAGGGAGGCGUACCGAGAAGCAACGGGAAGAUUAAAUCCUGGUUUUGUAGAUUAGGCAGC